ACGCCCCACCUGGGAGACUCCUGCCUGGCCCAGCUCACAAGGUCCCUCCUGACCCAGCCUUCGGAGACCUGCUCCUGGGUGGCGGCCAUUCCCGAGUGACCUGAAGAGACUUGGUGAUGGGGAAGUCCGAAAGCCCAGUGAGGAUGGUGGAGAUCGCUGGCCGGUGGGGGCAGAUGCACCGAAGCUUCCUGGAGGGGGGGCUGCUGCUGCUGCUGCUCCUGGUGACAGGCGCCCUGGUGGCCCUGGGCCUCCUCUACGCCAACAGCAGAGGGAAGCAGCUGCCGCUCUCUACCGGCUGGCUUCGCUUCUCAAAGGAAGAGAAGAGCAUUAUAGAACGAAAGCCCCGAGGUAGCCCUGCCUCCCCUGACUUGGACGAAAUCUGCACCACCCCUGGCUGUGUGAUGGCAGCCGCCAGGAUUAUCCAGAACAUGGACGCGUCCAAGGAACCGUGUGACGACUUCUACGAGUACGCGUGCGGAGGCUGGCUGCGGCGCCACGUGAUCCCUGAGACCAACUCCCGCUACAGUGUCUUCGACAUCCUUCGAGAUGAGCUGGAGGUCAUCCUCAAAGCGGUGCUGGAGAAUUCCAACGGCAAGGACCGGCCGGCCGUGCGGAAGGCCAAGAUUCUGUACCGCUCCUGCAUGAACGAGAGUGUCAUAGAGGAUCGAGGCUCUAAGCCCCUGCUGGACAUCUUAGAGGUGGUGGGUGGCUGGCCAGUGGCCAUGGACAAGUGGAACGACACCGUCGGCCCCAGGUGGGAGCUGGAGCAGCAGCUGGCCGUGAUGAACACGCAGUUCAACAGGCGUGUCCUCAUCGACCUCUUCAUCUGGAACGACGACCAGAACUCCAGCCGCCACAUCAUCUACAUAGACCAGCCCACCUUGGGCAUGCCAUCGCGGGAGUACUAUUUCAAUGAGGGCCACAACCGGAAGGUGCGGGAAGCCUACCUACAGUUCAUGGUGUCGGUGGCCACGAUGCUGCGGGCAGACAUGAAGCUGCCCAAGGACAGCCACCUGGUGUGGCAGGACAUGGUGCAGGUGCUGGAGCUGGAGACGCAGCUGGCGAACGCCACAGCCCCCCAGGAGGAGAGGCACGACGUCACAGCCCUGUACCACAGGAUGGACCUGGAGGAGCUCCAGAACAAGUUUGGCCUGAAGGGAUUUAACUGGACUCUCUUCAUACAAUCUGUGCUAUCCUCUGUCAAAAUCAAGCUGCUGCCAAAAGAAGAAGUGGUGGUCUACGGCAUCCCCUACCUCCAGAACCUUGAAGGCAUCAUCGACAUCUAUUCAGCCAGGACCCUGCAGAACUACCUGGUCUGGCGCCUAGUGCUGGAUCGCAUUAGCAGCCUGAGCCAGCGAUUCAAGGACGCACGUGCAAACUACCGCAAGGCGCUGUAUGGCACGACGGUGGAGGAGGUGCGCUGGCGGGAGUGUGUCAGCUAUGUCAACAGCAACAUGGAGAGCGCCGUGGGCUCCCUCUACGUCAAGAAGGCCUUCCCUGGAGACAGCAAGAACGUGGUCAGAGAGCUCAUCAACAAGGUGCGGGCCGUCUUCGUGGAGACCCUGGAGGAGCUGGGCUGGAUGGAUGAGGCGUCCAAGAAGAAGGCCCGGGAGAAGGCCAUGAGCAUCCGGGAGCAGAUUGGGUACCCCAACUACAUCCUGGAGGACAGGAACAAGCACCUGGAUGAGGAGUAUUCCAAGCUGCACUUCUCGGAGGACCUGUACUUUGAGAACGGUCUGCAGAACCUCAAGGCCAGCGCCCAUCGGAGCAUCAAGAAGCUGCGGGAGAAGGUGGACCAGAACCUCUGGAUCAUCGGGGCCGCUGUGGUUAAUGCGUUCUACUCCCCAAACCGGAACCAGAUUGUGUUCCCUGCUGGGAUCCUCCAGCCCCCCUUCUUCAGCAAGGAGCAGCCGCAGGCCUUGAACUUCGGGGGCAUCGGGAUGGUGAUUGGGCACGAGAUCACCCACGGCUUUGACGACAAUGGCCGGAACUUCGACAAGAACGGCAACAUGCUGGACUGGUGGAGCAACUUCUCGGCUGAGCACUUCCGGGAGCAGUCCGAGUGCAUGAUCUACCAGUACGGGAACUACUCCUGGGACCUGGCCGACCAGCAAAAUGUGAAUGGGUUCAGCACGCUCGGGGAGAACAUCGCUGACAACGGAGGGGUGCGGCAGGCAUACAAGGCAUACCUAAAGUGGAAAGCAGAGGGCGGCAAGGAUCAGCAGCUGCCAGGACUGGAUCUGACCUACGACCAGCUGUUCUUCAUCAACUACGCCCAGGUGUGGUGCGGGUCCUACCGGCCCGAGUUCGCCUUGCAGUCCAUCAAAACUGACGUCCACAGUCCCCUGAAGUACAGGGUGCUGGGCUCGCUGCAGAACCUGGCCGCCUUCGCGGACGCGUUCCACUGCGCCCGGGGCACCCCCAUGCACCCCCAGCAGCGAUGCCGCGUCUGGUAGCCAAGGCCGAGCCGCGCUGCGCGGUCCACGCCCAGCCGCCGCCCGGAGGCGUCCGGUCUGCGCCCAGACGGUGCAGCGGCGGGGACCGGCGUGCGCUCUGCGGCCUGGGCCGCCAGCGCCCGGACACGGAGACGGGGCGAGCAGGCCCGGCCGGCGCCCCCGCCACGCCCGCCCGCCGGGGCAGCGCCGCCCCAUCGCAGCCUUGUAGACGCGUUUGACUGUCUUCCGCCCGCUCUCCAAAGCGCGCCCUCGUCAGACGUCCACGAGCUUCAGUCUUGAGCUAAGUAAACGUUUCAAAGAAGUCGGCUGCCUUGUGUGUCCAGGAGGGCCCAGGGUGGGCGGUCAGGGUGGCAGUGCCCCAGAGGGUGUGUCCACCUCUGUCCACCGACUGCAUCUG